CUUGCUGGGCUGGGUGCCGGUCAAGAUUAGUCCUACUGUUAUCCUUUCUAUAAUGCCUUAAAAGAGUUUUUUUUUUUUAGAGGGAGAGAGUUCUUCUCCCUAACAAAAGGUAUUCGGGAAUCUGCGAGUCACGGCUAUUUCUUAAGGAAAUAUAAGAUCAACGACACUUGCAACUCCCAUCCCAUGCAUGGGUGGGUAUUUCAUUAGAUUCUACUGCCUUUGCCUAUGAUGAUUAGGCAAAUUCUCUAAUAAACCGACUUGAAUGAUCCUCCUAAACAGCGCCACCUCGAAAUACAUUUCUUUUAACUUCCAGCCCCUACAGCGUCCGAGGUAACAUCUUUCAACUAUCAUGAAGCUUUUCCUCGAUGUCCGAGGUUAUAGAUGCUUCAACGAUAGUCUUUGGCUCCAAGGACUUAAGGGUCGCUAAGAAUUCGGAAUCAACGUAAAGAGAUGCUGACAAAGGCGACGUUUUGUGCCCAUCAACCCAUGCAGCUCUCUCGCUGCUUGUCCAACGCACUUGCCCGCCAAACGGCGUGCCCCUCCGUCCUCCAAAAUCCCCCAAAGUCAGAUACUUUACGUUCCGGUGGUUGUUUGAGGGAGGCGUUGCUGGAGAUGGCCAUUCAAGGCCCUGAAAUGGUUUUUGCAGGAUACGUGACACUCUUGGACGAGUGCGUGGAUAAGAGGGCGUUGAGAGGAGGCCAAAGAGUCCAUGCCCAUAUGAUCAAGACUUGCUAUCUCCCGCCAAUCUAUCUCUGGACUCGGCUUAUUGUUUUCUACACCAAGCUUGGGCUUUUGGGUGAUGCGCGCCGGGUGCUCGACGAAAUGCCACUCCGGAAUGUGGUCUCUUGGACGGCCAUGAUUUCAGCUUAUUCCCAGAAAGGGUAUGCCUCCGAAGCUCUGGAUCUUUUUCAGCAGAUGUUGAGAUCAGAGACAGAGCCAAAUGAGUUUACGUUCGCCACAAUUCUUGCUACAUGCACGGGGAUGUCGGGUUUUCAGUUGGGAUGGCAAGUCCACUCUUUAGUCAUUAAGAAUAAUUAUGAAUCCCACAUAUUUGUCGGGAGCUCACUCCUUGACAUGUAUGCCAAGGCUGGCAAAAUCCAUGAAGCACGAGAAGUAUUUGAGUGCUUGCCUGAAAGGGAUGUUGUUUCUUGUACUGCUAUAAUCUCUGGUUAUGCUCAGUUAGGUAUUGAUGAAGAGGCCAUUGAAUUAUUUAGUAGGUUGCAGAGAGAAGGAAUGGAUCCGAAUUAUGUUACUUAUGCAAGUGUCUUGACUGCUUUGUCCGGGCUUGCCGCAUUGAAUCAUGGCAGGCAGGUCCACGGCCAUGUCCUUAGGCGUGAAGUCCCCUUUUACGUUGUUCUGCAGAAUUCUCUCAUAGACAUGUACUCAAAAUGUGGAAGUGUUACCUAUGCAAGACGAGUUUUCAAUAGCAUGUCUGAGAGAACUGUCAUCACAUGGAAUGCUAUGCUUGUGGGUUACAGCAAACAUGGGAUGGGGAGACAGGUCGUUGAGCUUUUUGAAUUCAUGAGAAAAGAAAAAAAAGUUAAGCCUGAUAGUGUCACACUCUUGGCAGUUUUAUCUGGCUGCAGUCAUGGGGGAUUGGAAGAAAGAGGGCUUCAGCUUUACCGUGAGAUUAUAAAUGGGGAACAUGGAGUUCAACCAGAGAUGGAGCACUACGGGUGUGUAAUUGACAUGCUUGGGCGUGCUGGUCAGCUGCAAGAGGCUUUUGAACAUAUACAACAGAUGCCUUUUGAGCCGACUCCUGCUAUUUGGGGUUCACUUUUAGGUGCUUGUAGGGUUCACUCUAAUGUUGACAUUGGUGAACUUGUUGGCCGUAAGCUUCUUGAACUUGAGCCUGAAAAUGCUGGGAAUUAUGUGAUUCUUUCUAAUUUAUAUGCUACAGCGGGAAGGUGGGAAGAUGUAAGAAACCUGAGGCAUUUGAUGAAGGAGAAGGCGGUGAUAAAGGAGCCGGGAAGGAGCUGGGUGGAGCUUGACCAGGUGCUUCACACUUUUCAUGCCAGUGAUCGUUUUCAUCCAAGAAGGGGGGAGGUUUUUGAGAAGGUAAAGGAUUUAUCGCUCAAGAUAAAAGCAUUGGGUUAUGUUCCUGAGUUGAGUUGUGCUCUUUACGAUGUGGACGAUGAACAGAAGGAGAAGAUACUUCUUGGUCACAGUGAAAAGCUGGCCUUGGCCUUUGGAUUGAUGGCUAGUGCUGAAGGAGUUCCAGUCCGGGUCAUAAAGAACCUUCGGAUUUGUGUUGACUGCCAUAACUUUGCCAAAUUUGUCUCGAAGCUAUAUGCAAGGGAAAUUUCUUUGAGGGACAAAAAUCGCUUCCACCAUAUUGUGAAUGGCAUCUGUACUUGUGGAGACUACUGGUGAUUGUUGUGAAGGUUCACGAGUAAGGCCUUAUUUGAUGCUUUGAAGAUACAAUACAAUGAGAUUAUAUGCCGUUAUUUGGGCAAGAAGAGACAAGGGGGUUUUUGUAGAUGUCAGGUUGUCCAGGGGGAGCAACUUGUAAAAUCCAUGACGGAUCAGGAAAAUUGCCGAGGUGCUGUUGCUCAGACUGAAAAAAAAAAUAAAACAGUCCGAUAUCAUGCAGGUUUUGCUGCUCUCUGAGAUGACAUAUUUUGAUCUUAGUUAAUGGGAUGGAGUGCGAUUCACAUCUCCUUUUUCACAUGCAGCGAGCUAGUUUUGGAAAACCUAUCUCGAAGUUUUGGUAUGAGGAAGAUCUGGUUUUGUGAGUUCAGAGACGGGUGUUGCUCAUCUGUCUCAACAACAGAAUUACAGAUGCCUCAGCCCGAGGCACAGAGUAACCUAAAGAUAGUCGGGUGAUUGACUCAAUCUUCCUUUCAACCGAGAACUUGAAUUAGGAUUCAUUCAACUUUUGUUAACUCGAAAGAUUCUGACCCGAGAAGAGUAAAUGGUAAUUGGUUAGCGAGACUGAGAAUACGACUAAGAGGAUAGGAUAUGGAGAAUGGCUGGGGUGUGAUGCUGGGUACAUCUCAUUUCAGGCACCCUUCAUCUUGAGUUAUCAAAACUCAUGUUCCUCUACAUUGAUACGGGAACUGUGUGGACAGUCGAUGCGGAAGAUUCAGGAUACGAGUCUGGCCUUGAGAGUGAACUGGAGCUUUAGAGUUGUGAUGAAACUGAAAAACUAUACAAUUGUGCAGCUGCAGAUUCGUCACAGGAAGUAAUAAGUGAACUUUGUCCCCCAGCCUCAUUCAGCUUUACAGUUCUUGACAUGGUUUGAUCCCCG